GGCUUUCAUCUGUCACUGACGUCGUGACAGGUCAGAGUCCAACUUUUUACAAUUAAUAAUUUUUUAGUUUAGAUUUUGUCUCGUUUUAAUUAGAGAAUAUUAUUUUAGUGUCGUAAUAAAUUUAAUAAUUCAUAUCAGUGUUCGCCGGUAUCACAUUGAGAGGAGUCAUGGCAUCACAAGUCGCGAAAUCUUUCAUAAAAGCGGCUCGCCCUACUUCCACUGCUAAAUUCGACUCAGCUCGUCGAGCCCUCAGUGUGGGUGCAGCCUUACACCAAAAGAAAACCCUCAAGGAUCGCACGGGCAAGAAUGUGGUGCUGGUUGAUGGAGUGCGCACGCCCUUCCUGGUAUCCUUCACCGACUAUGCCAAGAUGAUGCCUCAUGAGCUUGCCAGGCAUUCAUUACUGGGUCUGCUGCAGAAGACCGGCAUCCAGAAGGAGCUGAUCGACUACAUAGUGUACGGCACAGUCAUCCAGGAGGUGAAGACAUCCAACAUUGGACGCGAGGCGGCGUUGGCGGCUGGCUUCAGCGACAAGACGCCUGCACACACUGUCACCAUGGCCUGCAUCUCCUCCAACCAGGCCAUCACCACCGGCAUCGGCAUGAUAGCGGCGGGCGCGUACGACAUCAUCGUCGCGGGCGGUGUAGAGUUCAUGUCGGACGUGCCCAUCCGACACUCGCGCAAGAUGCGUGCGCUGCUGCUGCGCCUCAACCGCGCCAAGACGCCCGCCCAGCGUCUCUCGCUGCUGGCCAGCAUCCGCCCCGACUACUUCGCGCCCGAGCUGCCGGCGGUGGCGGAGUUCUCGUCGGGCGAGACGAUGGGGCACAGCGCGGACCGGCUGGCGGCGGCGUUCGGCGCCUCGCGCGCGGAGCAGGACGAGUACGCACUGCGCUCGCACACGCUGGCGCACGAGGCGCAGCAGAAGGGCUACUUCACCGACCUCAUACCUGUCAAAGUGGAGGGCAAGGACGCCCUGGUGGAGAAGGACAACGGCAUCCGCGUGUCGGCGCCGGAGCAGCUCGCCAAGCUGCGGCCCGCCUUCGUCAAGCCGCACGGCACCGUCACCGCCGCCAACGCCUCCUUCCUGACCGAUGGAGCGUCGGCUUGCCUCGUGAUGUCGGAGGCGAAGGCCAAGGAGUUGGGCCUCAAGCCUAAGGCGUACCUGCGCGACUUCACCUACGUGGCUCAGGACCCCGUGGACCAGCUCCUGCUGGGGCCUGCGUACGGCAUCCCCAAGAUCCUGGACAAAGCAGGCCUCAAGCUCAGCGACAUCGACUCCUGGGAGAUCCAUGAGGCCUUCGCAGGUCAGAUCUUGGCUAACCUGAAAGCCAUGGACUCGGACUGGUUCGGCACCACGUACCUCGGGCGGCAGGGGAAGGUGGGCUCGCCGGACCUGGCCAAGUGGAACAAGUGGGGCGGCUCGUUGUCCAUUGGACACCCCUUCGCCGCCACUGGGGUCCGCCUGGCGAUGCACACGGCCAACCGGCUGGUGCGCGAGGACGGACAGAUCGGCGUCAUCUCCGCGUGCGCCGCCGGCGGGCAGGGCGUCGCCAUGCUGCUCGAGCGACACCCGGAGGCCACCGCCGACUGAACCCGACGCCGACACCCAACACCCAACACCCUCACCCCACCCUACACCCUCAACACUAUCACCCUUAAAACAAACAAUAGCACGCAAACUUCAACAUCAAGUGUAAUUCAGUAGGCCUAGCGAUCAUAUCCAGAGAAGAGAAAAAUACAUAUUGUCGACGGAGUUUUCCCAUCUCUUUCUCUCCAUCCAGUGAAGAGAAAAAGACAUUGUCGACCAAUAGCGGCGGACUUUUCCCAUCUCUUUCUCCCUAUCCAGUGAAGAGAAAGACAUAUUGUCGACCAAUGGCGGCGGAGCUUUCCAUCUCUUUCCAAAGCAACAAAAGAGUGCUAUAUAGUCUUUCUGUCAUCUUGAGAUAUUAUGUCCUGUAUCUUAGGCCUAGCUAACCUUAUUAAGUGGUUAGCGUUUUGAAACAUGUAAUUGUUUAAGAAAUCCUAUAUUCUCUCCAGUGUUAAAAAAAUACAAUUUGUAUUAUAGAUAACGACAAUGUUAAAAUUUGUUAUUCCUUGCAUUAGAUAUACUAGUUCGUAAGAGAAAGUAUGUAUUUUUGUAACUUAUUAUGUACUGUCAAUAAAGUUUGUUAACGAU